GGCUGAGAGAGAUGAAGCUGGGCCGUCGGGCAAGGUCCCAGUUGGAGCAGAAACGGUAAUCCCUCGGAUUGGAGGGUGGAGAGAGGCCUCUUUGGGAACUGAUACCCCGGGACCAGGAAGCCGGCACAGGAGACAAGAAACAAGUUGCUUCCCCAAGCAGGGUUCAGGGAAGGAGUGGAGAAAGGUCCCGGGUUGGAGCCGCUGUUCCCGUAGCCCACGCCAUGGGUGAGAGGCUUUGAGGAAGACAAUGGGGCGGCUACUGACCCUGGCAGGGCUGCCAGGGCUGCCACUCGUGCUGCUGCUGCUCUUGCUGCUGUGGCCUCUGCCCACGAGAACGCGCUGUCCCGACUUUUGCAGCUGCAGCCCCAACGGCGCCCUGCGCUGCCCAGACGCUGGUCCGGGAUUCACCAGGCUAUCACUUACCUAUCUCCCUGUCAAAGUCAUCCCUUCACAAGCUUUCAGAGGACUUAGUAAUGUCUUAAUAAUUGAAAUCUCUCAGAGUGACUCGCUGGAAAGGAUAGAAGCUAAUGCCUUUGACAGCCUCCUCAAUUUGUCUGAAAUAUUGAUCCAGAAUACCAAAAAUCUGGUGUACAUUGGACCUGGAGCAUUUACAAAGCUUCCACGGUUGAAAUAUCUGAGCAUCUGUAACACAGGCAUACAAAAGCUCCCAGAUGUUACAAAGAUUUUCUCAGCUGAAUUUAAUUUUAUUUUGGAAAUUUGUGAUAACUUACACAUAACCACCAUCCCAGGAAAUGCUUUUCAAGGGAUGACUAACGAAUCUGCAACACUCAAACUAUAUGGAAACGGAUUUGAAGAAAUACAAAGCCACGCAUUCAAUGGGACAACGCUGAUUUCACUGGAUUUAAAGGAGAAUAAAAAUCUGAGGAAAAUGCACAAUGAUGCUUUGAGAGGGGCCACAGGACCCAAUGUUUUGGAUAUUUCAUCUACCAAGCUGGAGGCACUGCCUAGCUAUGGGCUGGAGUCCAUUCAGGUGUUAAUUGCCACAUCAUCCUAUUCCCUAAAGAAAUUACCACCCCGGGAAAAAUUUGUCAAUCUUCUGGAAGCCACCUUAACUUACCCCAGUCACUGCUGUGCAUUUAUAAACCUGCCAACAAAGGACCAGAAUAUUUCACUUUUCAUCUUUGAAAACUUUUCUAAACAAUGUGAAAGCACAGCAAGGAAACCAAAUAAUGAAACAUUCUAUUCUGCCAUCUUUGCGGAGAAUGAACUAAGUAUCUGGGAUUAUGACUACGGCUUCUGCUCACCCAAAAUCCUUCGAUGUGCUCCUGAACCAGACGCCUUUAAUCCUUGUGAAGAUAUCAUGGGCUAUGACUUCCUUAGAGUCCUGAUUUGGCUCAUCAAUCUCCUAGCAAUCGUGGGAAAUUUCACCGUCCUCCUUGUUCUGCUGACCAGUCAUUACAAAAUGACCGUGCCCCGCUUUCUCAUGUGCAAUCUCUCCUUUGCAGACUUUUGCAUGGGGCUCUACCUCCUGCUCAUUGCCUCGGUCGAUUCUAAAACCAAAGGUCAGUAUCAUAACCACGCCAUCGACUGGCAGACGGGCAGCGGCUGCAGCGCGGCUGGCUUCUUCACCGUGUUCUCCAGCGAGCUUUCUGUCUACACGCUCACCGUGAUCACUCUGGAAAGGUGGCACACCAUCACCUACGCCAUGCAGCUGGAGCGGAAGCUGCAGCUCAGGCACGCCGUGCUCAUCAUGCUUGGCGGCUGGCUCUUUUCCACAGUAUUUGCGGUGUUGCCCCUUGUGGGAAUCAGCAAUUACAUGAAGGUCAGCAUUUGCCUCCCCAUGGACAUCGAGACCACUCUCUCCCAAGCAUACAUACUCAUCAUCUUGGUCAUCAACGUGGCUGCCUUCAUCAUCAUUUGUGCUUGUUACAUUAAAAUCUACUUUGCGGUCCAGAAUCCCGAGCUUGUAGCAGCCCACAAGGAUACAAAGAUUGCCAAGAAGAUGGCGAUACUGAUAUUCACCGAUUUCACCUGCAUGGCACCUAUCUCCUUUUUUGCCAUCUCAGCUGCAUUUAAAGUACCCCUCAUCACAGUGACCAACUCUAAAAUUUUACUGGUGUUAUUUUAUCCGGUUAACUCCUGUGCGAAUCCAUUUCUGUAUGCAAUUUUCACAAAGGCCUUCCGAAGGGAUUUUUUUCUUUUACUGAGCAAGUUUGGUUAUUGUAAAACCCGAGCAGAACUUUAUAGGAUGGAGAAUUUUUCAGCUUAUACCUCCCACUGCAAAAAUGGCUCCCAUGGAGCAAAUAAAGCCCCUCAAAACACACUGAAAUUGUCCACUUUCAAAUGCCAGUACACCACAGUCCUGGAAGAGACUUGUAGCAAAGGAUGCUAGCCAUAAUGCCUAGUGGCAUUGUAGAAGUACAGCAGUAUUAUUAUUAUUACUAUUGAAAUUAAAAUAUGCUUCUACAAUUUUACGUGUGAAUGAUCAGUGAUGUUUACAUAAAGUAGUUGUUUUGCACAAUCACUUGCUCUUAAGGGUAGCCAUUUGGAAUGGGGGAUAAGGAGUUGGCUCAAAAGCCAGAAAGACCUGGCUUCCAGUCCUGACUCUGACUAGUAGUGUUAGCCUUUUAACCAAUAGACAGGUCUUUAAGACUGUAUGACAUGAAAAAGUUCCUAACCUGCAUUGGUGAAGGGAAUUUCUUUGCCUGAGAGAUCUCUCACUGAGCUAGUCCCUAUCCCCAACAUGUUCUUAGACUCACAAACCUGAACUAGAUUUCUAGAACAUCAUAUCCAUUCUUGUUUCAUAGGUUAUUAUAUUUCUAAAACAUUCAUAACAAUAUAAGCAUCUAACAUCUCUUAUUUGUUCUCUGCAGUUUUUAAGCACCCUGAGGAUAUUGAAAUGUGAUAUUUAUUGUUUAGUAAAUGAAAUGUAUUAGGAAAAAUAGAUCUUCUUUAAAAGCACUAUUUUUUUACUUUAAAUAUUAGAAAACUUUGAUUUAAUGUAAUUUUUAUACUUUUUGGUGGCUAAAGAAUACAAAUAUAUUAAAUAUCUGAUAGGCAGGGACUUUAUUUGGUAAUCUCUUCACUUCCUAUGAUAUAGUAGUUUUCAUUUAAAGCAAGAGGUUUUUGUGGACUUGACUUUUUGUUAAAUACAUUAUAUAGUUAUUACUGCACUGAAACAGUUGUUUUAACACAUCUAUUCUACCCCUUAUUCCUUUAUUUAAUAACACCAUAAAAAUUUUUAUAUACAUUGUAUACUUAUUAAAAAAAAAUCUCUUCUUGACAUGAGAAAAUCAUCCCCCCUCAAAUCUUUGCAGAGCUGGGAACCACAGGUGUGCCCCCCCUCAAAGAAUGUCCGACAUGUCAAAUAAUGUAUUGAUUAUUUUUGUUGGACUUUUUCUUCUUUUAAAUUGUUAUAGGGAAUGUCCUUCUAGGUAGUGGGACACAGUGAGAAAUUCAAUGAUACAAACACAAAAGACAUCAAUAAUUUUCUUUUUUUAUUUAUAAUAAAAAUGUUUUUUAAAAAAUGAUGAAUGUGAUGAAUUCUGAGAAACUCGGAAAGGCUUGUAGAAACUGUGAGAGACUGAAGUUAGCAGGACUAGAACAAUUUGCAUGAUAACCACAAUAACUUAAAGGAAAAUAACACUGAGCAACUUCAGAGCUCUGAAUGAUGCCAUGAUCAAUCCUGCUUUUAGAGGUCUGAGAGCGAAAUACAACAGCUGCCCCUCAGCUAAGGCGUGAGGGAAAUGUAAAGGAUUUGUUUUACUUAAGAUACAGUCAUUUCUUAUAAGAGAGGCUUCUAUUGUAUGAAGCUUCUAAGGAAGGAGUUGAGAUAGCAAUAUUUAAAAAGAAGAAGAAAAGAAACAUCAAUAAAGAUUUUUUUUAAAUCUUC